GCCCCGCGACCCCCCGAGCCCGCGAUGGAGACUCCCGCCCUGCGCCUCCUGCAACUUUUCCUGAUGCUCCUCGGCGGUUCAUUUCAAGAGGCAAGUGGUUGCAAUGAAACGCUUAUGCUACAAAAGUUGCCUGAGUGUGGUAAAGUGUUUGAAGAAAUGAUGAAGAAAGUGGAUGCUAAAAAAUGGUGUAACCUGACGGAAUUUAUCAUGUACUAUGACAACUUUACCUCCUGCACAGAACUCGAAACCAAUAUCGUGGGCUGUUUUUGGCCCAACCCUCUAGCUGAAGGCUUCAUCACAGACAUACACAGACAAUUCUUUUCAAACUGCACUUCAGACAAAGUCCACUGGGAAGACCCUCCGGAUGAAAUCCUCAUCCCACUGAUUCUAAUCCCCGUCUUGUUGACGGUGGGCAUGGCAAGCAUGGUGGUGUGGUGCAGUAAGCGCAAUGACAUCCUGGUAUAGAUCGCUCUUCCCCCUCCUCCUUCCCGAUACGACUUUACUCAUUUUCUUCGGGAAAGAGAGCAAGAGUCAAGCAUUGGUAAUCGCCUCUGAAUUACUACUUUGACCUAGAGCCUCAGUUCGGCAAGAGGCAACCUUUUGAGGGAUUGAAAAAUCAAGAUGAUGAAUUUCCAUUUCCCAUUUCUGUGGGAGAAAGUGUUCUACACUGGUGCCGCAAAAGUCACGGGGUCUCUUCGUGCUAUAACUCUCCCGGUGGGAGUCACUGGAGAGGAUAUUCCCUUGUGCUUGGUGGAAUGUAGAAGAGGAGAGAAGCCUUCUGGGUAGAGAAGACCAAAAGUCCACCUCAGAGCCAACAAAGUUCAAAAAAUGCUACUAGAUACUGGUUAUCAGUUAUCUGGUUUACAGUAUGCAGAGAUUCCAUUUAUGGUGUGGACCGGUUCCAAAGUUACUGCCCUCUCAUCCAGUCAAGGUUUCACUUGGAAGCUUCGAUGAGGAUGGUUAUCAUCCAACGUUUCCCAGAAGCACUCAGAACAGACAAGGAUCCAAGACAGGAACUGCUUUUUGGGGCUCAGGACCAUCAUCAGCGGACAUGGGAGCAGAGACAGUGGCAUGUUAAAAAUGACUUGUGGCAUGUCCUUUGAGGAUGACUUAUUAGAGCCGGGAGAUUUGGAACAAGCUGACAGGAAAGAUGCAGACCUUUUUUUUUCUCCAGAGCUCAGAAAGAAUGAGAGGAAAUGAGCUGACUGUCUUGACCAAAGAAUGGUGAAGGAACUGUCAGAUAUGUCAGAUACCAUCUGCCAUUCUUUAAUUAUUGUUAUUAUUUUUAUUAUUAUCGAGAGUGGCUGCUGAUAUCAUCCCCCGCCCAACCUCUGCACAAGGAAAGGUUUUUGGGCACACAAUGUGCUGUAAAUAAAUUUUAAAAAGAUACUACAAAA